GUCUGUGACAGUGCUACAGUGGUCCAAUGCAGAACACCGGAGUUGAGGGGGGUGAGGGAGGAGGGGAUGAGGAGGUAAGGCCGGAUGCCUCGAGACAAACUGAAGAGGACAGCGGGUCCCCUGUCCCAGCAGCUACACAGAAUCAGUUAGGACCAGAGCCUGAUGACACGACCCCCCAGCUUCAGCCUGUCCACACUGGUUUGGAUGACUAUCCUGCAGACACACAUUCAGAAGACAUGGAGGAUCAUGAGUCGCCGCCAGGGGACGGGGAGGAGGAAGAGGAGGAGGAAGAAGAGUUAAUCGUUCUUGACUCUGAACAUCCGCUGGUCAGAAGGCAACAAGCUGCUCUGAGCAGACAGCUGAGAAAUCAGCUGGAGAGGAUCGACCUGGGACUGAAGGAAAAGGUGGCAAUGGAGAAGGAAGAGGAUAAGCGCCUUCAGGGGUUGGGAGUUGGGAUGUACACGGUGCAGGAGCAGCUGGCCAGGCUGCAGACCAAACUGGAUGACCAUCAUCAGAACAAGGCCGAGGCUGAGGCCAAACGUCAGCAGGCCAAGGCUCAGCUGGAGGAGAUCAAGAGACAGUAUUCCAAUAUCAGCAGCCAAGACAGAAAAGACAAAGCCAACGCGUCCCAGUUACAGGCGGAGUUAGACGACCUGAUGCGGCAUCUCGUCUUCACACAACGACUCAGUGAAGAUCUGAGCUCUAACGUCAAAGCCCUGAAGAAUGCCAGACGCAAAGCGGGAGCUGAGAAGAACCAGGCCGAAGAGCAGAAGUUCAAGCAGGAUAUGUAUGUGGAGCGUCUUACAAAGGACAAGGAGAGGCUGACGGAGCAGAUAGCCAUGUAUGAGGCCCAGGGCAAAGCUCAGGCAGAGGAGACCCAGGCAGCCAAAGAGGCUCUCUCUGAGGCUGAGAUGGAAAUGGCGUCUCUGGUGAUGGCGCGUAACCAGCUGUUGCAGCAGUGGAGCGGAAGCCUGGUGGGCAUGAGGAGGCGAGACGAGGCCUUCAGCGCCAUGCAGGAGGCUGUGCGCACCGUCGAGCACCAGGUGAUCUUGCUGGACAGAGAGAUUGAAGGCUACAAGAGAUCCACCAAUGAAGAGCAGGAGGAAAAUGAGAAGCUAACUAUGCAGCUGAACUGGUCCCAUAUGGACGGUGCCACCUCCAAGAAGCUGAUCAGUCAGAAGCAGGCCCAGGGAGAGGCCCUGCAGGCGCACUACAGCUCCUGCCUGCGCACCCUGAGGGAGACGGAGCGCACCCUCGCCAGGCUCUCUAAGGAAACAAUAACCCACCACGCUGAAGUCAUCGAUCAGAGGAGGCAGUUGCAGAAAGAGAGUGCUGCGCGUCUGGAGACAGAGGACAAGAUCAUGACCCACAUCCAGGAGAAGCUCACCCACAACAAGGCUGCCAAGUUCUCCCAGCGGCAAACCAGCAAGAUAGCCACACUCAAGAGGGAGAAGACCUUUCGGUUGUGGCAACUGGAGAAUGAUGUGGUGAUGGUGGGACAGGAGAUCAGCAAGGCCAGCCAUCAUCUGGAGAACCUGGGCCUCACCACGGAGGCUUUAGACAAUGAGAUCAUGGAGUCCAACAAGUUGCUGACGGCCAUCCAGGCUAAGAUGUCCUCCUUUGUUGCACUCAUCGCGCAAAAGCAGUCCACCGUCACCAACUGCAACAAAAAGAUCUAUCAGAUUGCGGCCAAAACUGGGCACGAGGAUCUGAGUCCUCUGCAAAUCAAGAUAGAGGCAAUAAGGGUUCAGAUCGGGGAGCUGGCAGCGAAAAUCAAGAGUGACCAGCAGCUCUGGAUGAUGCGUCAGGGGACUCUGGUAGCAAUGACCCAGGAGAUAGAAGCCAACAGCAAGGAGAUGCUAAAACUGCAGACAGAAUACACUGCCAUGCAGCAGAAGAAAAUACGCCUGGAGAGUGAGAUUGUGGCGGAGCACCGUGAGGAGACGGAGCUGGAGAAGAAUGCGAAGAUGCUGAGAGGAGACGUGCUGAAGCUCAACACCCUGCUGAGCAAGAACGCACAGCUGAGCCAGGCGCUGGCACAGGAGAACGCUCUGAGGGAGACGGACUUCCUGCACAGACUUAAGGAGGCAGAGCGGGAGUCUAUCCAGAUGCAGAUCAAACACGAGAAGACCCAGGAGGAGAAGGAGAGGCUCGUCAACAGCCUGGUGGAAGCUGAGCGACAGAUUAUGCUGUGGGAGAAGAAGACCCAGAUUGUGAAAGAGACCCGUUCAGCUGUGGACUCGGAGGUGGGCCAGGGAGACAUCCAGUCAAUGAAGGCCGAGAUACACCGUAUGGAGUUGCGCCUGAACCAGCUGAGGAAGCAGCAGGAGCAACUGCUGAGGGAGAGUGAAGCGUCAGUGGAGAGGAGGGAGGUCAUCGUCCUGCGCAGGGAGGCCAUGUUACACACCCCAAAAAAACAGGCGACCAAGGGCGAGCUGAACCUCGUCACACAGGGCCUGCAGCGCAAGAUCCAUGGCACACACAAGCAUGUGGUGGAGUAUGAGCAGGCGAUCAGGGAGCUAGAGGUGAGCCAGGUGAGACUGAGCGACCGGCUGGCACAGCAGAAGCAGCAGCUGUCAGAACUCUGCAGCACCAGCUACGUCCUGGACCCUGAAUUUGAAAAUCUGCAGGACGUCAAAGAGAGGAACUUCGCCCAACUCGUGACUCUGCAGAGCCGCAUGAAGAAGCUGCAGGGGGUGUGUGAGGGCAGCUACCGAGCCUCAACCAGCAGCGAGUCGGUCGGAGCUGCUCUGCAGAGCCAGAUGGAGCGUGUGCGCGCUGUUGGCACCAUCCUGCAGCGCGUGUGUGAGGAGUUCCCCCAGCACAAGGGGGCGCUCCGUACGCUGGCGCUAGCACUAGCAGCUGGCACACAAACAGCUGACACACAGGUCAAAGAGCGGGAGACGUCCUAAGAGGGAGGGGAGGAGAGACACUUGAGAGGGAAAGAUUAGAGAAGUGACGCCCUGAGAAGAACAACGGGUCAUUUGUUUCAUGCUUUGAAUUAAGUACUGAUUGUUAAACAAUGUAAUAAAAUAAAAACGGAUUCAACAGAUGGCUGAAUUCUUCAUAAUGUUUGGCUUUUUAAUCCAGUAGUGUUCCCAGUGUAAAAAGACAUAAGAAUAGCAUGAAUUUGGGGGCGUUGUGGGGCGGAUUAGGGGAACAUUGUCCUCUUCCAAUCAGAGGGUCAGUAGUUUGAUCCCUAGUCCCUGCAAUCAACAUGAAAAUUAAAAAAAAUAAAAAUUGAUUAUUAUUUCUUACACUACUUAAAUGGAUGGUUGCAUAAAGUUAUCUGUUAUAUUUUUCCAGACAGAAUCUUUUAGAUUUGAGAAGAGGCAGCUGAAAAAGUGCUAACAUAAUCUCCACUCAGUGGUUUCUUAAAGAAGACUCAUCAUGUUGCUGAAGGUAAAAUACCCGAGUACCAAAAAGCACAUCAGAUUAAAUCCGGGGUUCACGUAUUUGGAGGCCAAUCCCAAUUUAUGCCGUACAGUAUGUCAACAGGCUGUGUCAGCCACAGUGCCUCAAGCACAAGGACCGAACCGCCCAAGAUCAGCACCCACAGUGCUUCAUCAGCUUGAUGGAGAUGCUUGCAAGGAGGCGAUAUCCUUUCUUGUUCACUCUUCUGAUGAAGCAAGUGUGUUUGAGAAGAUGAAGAUAACCUUCCAACAUCGCCAGGACCUAGUGCGUGACCCACAGAGAACGGCAGAUGUCUUUAAAACGUUUCCACGGUUUUUAGAUGCCAAAGGACUGCUAACUCAAGACUUCCUGCUGUUGUUUGGUGCUGAAACAGCCUGUAAGAUGCUUGAAAAAUGGGACACUGCUUUCAAGAUAAAGAUUAUCAAAGAAGCCAAACACCUGACUCAGUCAACAGAGUUGUGUCGACCUCUGAACACUGCUGAGACACUUGCAGAGAACAAUGACACCAGCUGGGACAGUGACAUGGCUUCUCUGCUGCUGCUUCUCUAUCUUUUGCCACCCACUGGACAUGGAUGGAGAGGGUGAGGGUGGAAUGGUGUGGAGAAUGGGAGAAGGGAUGAUGAGAGGCGGUGUGCCGGGUGAUGACGACCGCGCCUUGUCUGUCCCUGUUGAGCAGGUGUCCCCCACAGCAGAACUGCACAAUGUUGUUGCGGUGUACUUGAUAUAAAACCAGAGUCAAGUAAAGCUUACUUAUAUAGCACAUUUCAUAUGACUAGCAUAGACUCAAUGUGCUUUCAAAAGAAUAGAUACACGACAAAUACAUUACCUCUCUUUCCAUAUUUGUGUCCGUCUCACUUUGUUUGACGAAGUUGGACAGCCAUCUCCGUCAAGAUUGGUGCUGCCUUGAUUCCUCCGGGAGCUCGGCUUCUUGGCUUUGACAAACCGAUCGCGGAGGUUCUCCCACAGCUUUUUACAAAAAGCUUCAUCUUUCGCCAAAGUCCCUGAGAUCUCUUUCCAUGAGUUCAUGGCCACCUGAGAAUCCUUAUGCUCCCGCAUUGAAGGGUCAUACAGGUGUCUGUACAGAAGAACCUGCUUGCAGAGUCGUGCUUCCUGCUCAUCCAUGCUUGUAGCUAGCUGCGCCGCGCCAAGUUAUAAAUCCAAUGAGGUGCACACCCUUACGAAACGACUCCAACGUGCCACACGCGCAUGGACGGGAACGGCAGACAUACUGGAGCCUUCAGAGGGACAGAGUACAGGACGGGACUAGUGAUUUGCAUUGAGGUUAACGAUGGAAUGCAAAAUAAACAAGGUCCUUUUAGUUGGUUGGUGCUAUCUACUUCCUUGUGAAAACGCGUGUGGUUGACCAUUUUAAUGAACAUUUUCAUGCCUACAAAGUAUUUGAAAGUGAUGAAAAAGAUGUUAUCAAAGCAGAAAGCCUUGUAAUAUAUAAGCCUGUUGACUUACAAAGUCCUUAUGGCGGAGA